AUGUCGGUCCUACCCGCUGAGGUCCAUACAGCCCUGGCGACGCUGUUGAAGGGCCUCCAGUCCGCGGACAAUGUCGAGCGCAGCGCCGCAGAGACCUCGUUGAACGAGGAAUGGUUCCAGGCGCGUCCGGAGGUGCUCUUGAUGGGCCUCACAGAGCAGAUGCAGCUUGCACAGGAUAGAUCUGUCAGUGAUAUUGCACCCAGCUCAAAGCAUAGGAAAGACCCCUCUUCGGGCGCCACGCGCGAGAUGUUCCUGACCCUGCAACAAGCCGAGCGCGAGGCCAUCCGUGCUAAAUUGCUGCAGUGUCUAGCCACCGAGAACGAGGCCCAGGUUAGGAGCAAGAUUGGUGACGCUGUGGCCGAGCUUGCGCGGCAACACACCGACGAAGGCGUUCCAUGGCCGGACCUGUUAGGCGCCCUCUUCAGCGCCAGCCAGUCUAACGAUGCAGGUCAGCGUGAAACAGCUUUCAGAAUAUUCUCCACUACCCCAGGUAUAAUAGAGAAGCAGCACGAGGAUGUUGUCAUUUCAGCAUUCAAAGGCGGAUUUGUGGACAGCGAUACUACGGUACGGAUUGCAGCCGUCGAAGCAUUCGCAUCCUUCUUCCGAUCUAUCACCAAGAAAGCCCAACCCAAGUACUACCAACUUAUACCUGACAUACUGAACAUUCUGCCCCCUAUCAAGGAGUCGGGCGACGGAGAUACGCUUACCAAAGCCCUAAUUUCGCUCAUUGAUCUGGCAGAAGUUGCACCGAAGAUGUUCAAGCCGCUCUUCAACAGCCUCGUACAGUUUAGUAUAUCCGUCAUCCAGGACAAGGAACUCGAUGAUACUCCUCGCCAGAAUGCGCUUGAGCUCAUGGCAACCUUCGCCGACGUGGCUCCGCAGAUGUGCAAAAAGGAUCCGAGUUAUACAAACGAAAUGGUCACGCAAUGCCUGUCUUUGAUGACCGACGUAGGUGUUGAUGACGAGGAUGCGGAGGAAUGGAAUCAGUCCGAGGAUCUUGAUGUCGAUGAGAGCGACUCGAACCAUGUGGCGGGCGAGCAGUGCAUGGACCGUCUAGCUAACAAGUUGGGAGGUCAGGCGAUUCUUCCACCCACCUUCAAUUGGGUUCCCCGGAUGAUGACAUCGUCAGCAUGGAGAGACAGACACGCUGCUCUUAUGGCUAUCUCCGCUAUCUCUGAGGGCUGCCGGGAAGCCAUGGUCGGCGAGCUCGAUAAGGUUCUCGAUCUCGUCCUGCCGGCUCUUCGCGAUGCCCAUCCCCGCGUCCGCUGGGCUGGCUGUAAUGCCGUUGGACAGAUGAGCACCGAUUUCGCUGGAACAAUGCAAGAGAAAUACCACCAGGUCGUCCUGCCAAACAUUAUCCCGGUGUUAGUCUCUACCGAACCCCGGGUCCAGGCGCAUGCCGCGGCUGCACUUGUCAACUUCUGCGAGGAGGCAGAGAAGGCCGUCCUCGAGCCAUAUCUUGACCAGCUCCUGACGCACCUGCUCUUGUUGCUUCGAAGCACUAAGCGUUUCGUCCAAGAGCAGGCCUUGUCCACUAUUGCGACCGUUGCCGAUUCCGCAGAGGCUGCUUUCUCGAAAUACUAUGAUACCCUCAUGCCACUCUUGUUCAACGUUCUCCGAGAGGAGCAGUCGAAGGAAUACCGUCUUCUCCGUGCUAAGGCCAUGGAAUGUGCUACUCUGAUUGCUCUGGCGGUAGGCAAGGAGCGCAUGGGACAAGAUGCCUUGGCAUUGGUUCAGCUUCUGGGACAUAUUCAGAACAGCGCAACGGAUCCCGAUGACCCCCAGACUUCGUACUUGCUUCAUUGCUGGGGCCGCAUGUGCCGCGUCAUGGGCCAGGAAUUUGUGCCCUAUCUUGCAGGCGUUAUACCACCCUUGACGGAACUCGCGAGUGCAAAGGCUGAUAUUCAGCUGCUUGAUGAUGAGGACCAGGUUGCUCAAAUGCAAGACGAGGAAGGCUGGGAACUGGUGCCUCUAAAGGGCAAGGUCAUUGGCAUCAAGACAAGCACUCUGGAUGACAAGCACUCUGCCAUUGAACUGAUUGUCAUCUACGCACAGGUGCUGGAGGGCGCCUUCGAGCCCUAUGUCAACGACAUCAUGGACAAGAUUGCACUUCCUGGACUGGCCUUCUUCUUCCACGACCCUGUACGCGUUGCUUCUGCGAAGUGCGUACCUGCACUCCUGAACUCGUACAAGAAGGCCCAUGGACCGGAAUCCACACAGCUGGGCCAGCUGUGGGAGCGCACAGUGGAGCGCGUUUUGGAAGUCUUGAGCACGGAACCCGCCAUUGACACCCUAGCAGAGAUGUACCAAUGCUUCUACGAAUGCGUCGAAGUCAUCGGAAAGAACUGCCUCACGAGCACGCACAUGGCCACCUUCAUCACAGCGGCCGAAUCCGUCCUCAAGGACUACCAGGAACGCGUCAAAGAGCGCCUGGAAGAACAAGCCGAAACCGAAGAUGGCGAGGAGCUUUCCGAAGAAGCCCUCUUCGCCAUCGAGGAUGACCAAAACCUGCUCUCGGACAUGAACAAGGCCUUCCACACCAUCUUCAAAAACAUGGGUCCCGCAUUCCUCCCUCACUGGGAGAAACUCAUGAACUAUUACCAAAUGGCGGCGGUGAAUCGCGACGCGACGCAACGCCAGUGGGCGAUAUGCAUCUACGACGACGUGCUCGAGUUCUGUGGCUCCCAGAGCUGGGCAUAUAACCAACAAAUCAUGCCACCUCUCGUGGACGGCAUGCGCGACGACGUGCCCGCGAACCGGCAAGCAGCCGUCUACGGUGUCGGAGUCGCCGCUCACAAGGGGGGAGAGCCAUGGUCGGAGUUCGCAGCGGCGUCCUUGCCCAUGCUCUUCGAGGUAACGCAGCGGCCGAAUGCGCGGGAAGACGACGACGCGUUUGCGACGGAGAAUGCUCCUGGAAAGGUGCAGAAUUGGCAGGAUGUGGCGAGCGCGUGGUUGGACACGUUGCCCGUGACGAACGACGAGGAGGCCGCGCCGUUUGCGUAUGCAUUUCUAGCGCAGUUGAUUGAACAGAAUAACCCCGCCGUGCACUCCAACCCCGUAAAAGCGUUCCAUUACGUCGUCCAGGCGCUCGAGGCCGAGACUCUGCAGGGCCAGACGGCUACGCGCGUCGUUGCAUCUGUGAAGAAUCUGAUUCAGGCCACGGGUGUGAAUGUGCAGCAGGCGGUUGCUGGGUUGACGCCCGAGCAGCAGGGGAUUGUGCAGGCUUAUUUUAGUUAG